CUCUCUCUCUCUCUCGUCCUCGUCGUCGUUUCACGCUUUGCUUCUCGCUUCGGCUUCACCCAUUCCACGUUCCUUUCUCCUCUUCCUCUUCUCCUCGUUCUGGUUCUUGUUCUUGUUCUUGUUCUUGGCCGCCAGUCGGGUCUUUUAUGCAUCUCCCACUUCCGGCGGACGUUUUUUUUUUUUUAUCCUCUUCUCCCUACUUCUGCGGAGAUUCGUUGCGUGAGACCUCCCCUGUUCGUUUCUUUUCCCCGUCCUUUCUAAAUUUGCCUCUGUGCCCAUCCUCCACUCGAGAGGAUAACGAUAACGAUGGGGAUUUCGUCCCAUCAUUUGUACUAAUCCCACCGAGCCACAUUUCUUUAAAAAUAAAAAAAAAACGCCCCACGCCCCCUUUUCCUUCGAAUCUGGAAUUUUUCCUGACCAGCUGAAAAAUUCCAGAGCUCAAAUUCGUCCGACCCAUUUCCUCGUUUGAUCCCUUGUGAGGAAGACAGAGAGAAUCCGAGCAAAAAGAUUGGAUCUUGGAUUUUCCCUUUUGCCCUUCUUUUCCCCUCACAUUCCCGGGUCAUCAGGAAAUCCGACAGAAAUCGCAUUCCGACAGGACGCCGGUGGAUUCGACGUGUUCUUGAUUCAUGGGCAACUGUUGCGCAGCUCCCGCUACUUCGUCGUCCCCGAAACGGAGGGGCCAGAAGAACAGGAACAGGCCCAACCCGUUCUCCACCGAGUUCUACACCGCCAACCCGAGGCCCGAGAGCAAGCUCGUGGUGCUGCGAGACCCGACGGGCGGCGACAUCUCGGCGAAAUACGACUUGGGUCGCGAGCUGGGUCGUGGCGAGUUUGGGGUCACGUACCUGUGCACGGACGUGUCGACCGUCGAGAGGCUCGCGUGCAAGUCCAUAUCGAAGAGGAAGCUGAGGACGGCGGUGGACGUGGAGGAUGUGAGGAGGGAGGUCCAGAUCAUGAAGCACUUGCCGGAGGACCCCAACAUUGUGUCGCUGAACGCCACUUACGAGGACGACGAGGCGGUUCACAUAGUGAUGGAGCUGUGCGAGGGCGGAGAGCUGUUCGACAGGAUCGUGGCCAGAGGGCAUUACACCGAGAGGGCUGCUGCGAAUGUGAUGAGGACCAUCGUUGAAGUUGUUCAGAUGUGCCAUAGGCAUGGAGUGAUACAUCGAGAUCUCAAACCAGAGAAUUUUCUCUUCGCCAAUAAGAAAGAAAAUUCCCCGCUUAAGGCAAUUGAUUUCGGAUUAUCAGUAUUUUUCAAACCUGGCGAGAGAUUCGACGAGAUAGUGGGAAGUCCUUAUUACAUGGCUCCAGAAGUUUUAAGACGAAAUUACGGCCCAGAGGUUGACAUCUGGAGUGCUGGAGUGAUACUAUAUAUUUUGCUUUGUGGUGUUCCUCCUUUCUGGGCAGAAACUGAGCAAGGGGUGGCUGAAGCAAUUAUCCGUUCUGUCGUCGACUUCAAAAGAGACCCUUGGCCUAAAGUUUCGGAUGGUGCAAAAGACCUUAUAAAGAAAAUGCUUAAUCCUUAUCCUGGCCAGCGGCUUACUGCUCAGCAAGUGCUUGAUCAUCCUUGGAUGCGAAAUGCUAAGAAGGCUCCUAAUGUUUACCUGGGUGAAACUGUGAAGACUAGGCUGAAGCAAUUUUCUGUCAUGAACAAGCUCAAGAAAAGAGCUUUGCGGGUCGUGGCUGAGCACUUGACGGGGGAUGAGGUAGCUGGCAUAAAAGAUGCAUUUGAAAUGAUGGACACCGGCAAAAGGGGGAAAAUAACCCUUGACGAGCUUCGGACCGGGUUGCAAAAACUGGACCAACAAAUUCCUGACUCAGAACUACAAAUUUUGAUGGAUGCGGCUGACGUUGAUCACGAUAGGACUUUGAAUUACGGGGAGUUUGUUGCCAUUUCAGUUCACCUAAAAAAGAUGGCGAACGAUGACCAUCUACAUGAAGCUUUUGCAUUCUUUGACCAAAACAAGAGCGGAUACAUAGAGAUUGAAGACCUGAGAAAUGCUUUAAAAGAGGAUGACGAUGACACCACCGGUGAGGAAGUUAUCAAUGCCAUAAUGCACGACGUAGACACAGACAAGGAUGGAAGGAUAAGUUACGAGGAGUUUGCCAUGAUGAUGAAAGCGGGCACGGAUUGGAGAAAAGCAUCCAGGCAAUAUUCAAGGGAAAGGUUCAACAGUCUCAGCUCGAAGUUGAUGCGAGAUGGGUCGUUAAAUUUACCCAGCGAGAGUAGAUGAUGAAGAAGCUAGCUUAAAAGUUUUCAAGUAUACUAACUUAGAGAAGCUGUUUUCCUGACGCGUCCUUGCAUUGCUGCUCUACGGGUUGAGUGGCUUCCAUGUUAGCUAUCUUUUGGGAGAUCUGUUAGUUUUCAGGUUAGUUACAGGAGAAGAGAUCUUAGGUUUAGGAGUCAGCGAAGAGGUUUUUUUCAGGGCGGCGAGAAUCGGAUGUAAAUACUGAAGUUAGUUGGUCAAGAGCAAAUUGGUCGCAAAUUUUGCUUCAUUUUGCCUACUAAAAUUGCCCAUCUACCUGUGUUGGGUAGAUCUUUUGCUUGUCCUAGAACAUGAGUGUUUUGACUCUCUGAUCAAAAGAAGAAAGCUUCUCAGACUGUAUACAAGCUUUUCUUGCGUGAA